CCUAGAGCUGUAAAAGCGAGCAGCUCCAAGUCUGACCUUGCGGCAUCUCGAGAUGAUCCAAAGAGAGUCAAUGGAGUCGACGGACAUGCUGGUCCCUCAAAGUUUCGACCUAGCAAGCGACAAGCACAACAUCCUCCCUCGGAAACCGAUGAAGAUGAAGAUGAUCUUGGCUCUUUAGAGGGAAUGAGUAUGGACGAGCAGCCAGAAUCUGGAGAGGAAGAAGAUAACGUUUCCGAUGAAUCGGAAGAGGAUGAAUUUCCAGAGAUUGAUUCUGCCUCAGAGAAUGACAUUGAAGAAAGCGACCUCGAAAAACUGGACGACGAAGAUUCAGGUUCAGAAUCAGGAUACAACUCGUCAGACAUCGAUGAGAUGUACGAAACUCCUACUUCGUCAUUGAGCGGUUCUCCAAGAUCAGAAAAGAAACAAUUGAAUGGAGAGGAAAAAUUAGCCAAGUUGAUCAAGGCGAAUACUGUCAAACCCAAUGAAGAUUUAGGAGCCGAGGAGAAGAUUUCUCACGCGAAAGAAGGUCAUGGGAAGUUGAAACCUAGUAAAUUGGUCAAGGGAGGUUAUAUACGCGAGUAUCCGGAAUAUGAAGCUGGGUAUGGAAGUGACAGUAGUACUGAGGAUAACCCAAAUACCGUAGGCAACAUUCCCAUGGACUGGUACGACGAACUCCCUCAUAUCGGCUACGACAUCAACGGACGGAAAAUAUUCAGACCGGCUCAAGGGGAUGCUUUAGACAAAUUCCUUGCGAAUGUAGAAGAUCCUACUGCUUGGACUUCAGUGGAAGAUAAACUCUUACAACAGCAAGUCCAAUUGAGUGAUAAAGAGCUCGACAUUAUAAGACGGUUGGAGAGAGCCGAAAACCCAGAUCCUGAUUAUGAACCUUACGAAGAUACGAUAGAGUGGUUUACUGGGAAAGGGAAGGAAAUGACGAUGCCGUUGAAUGCAAUUCCAGAACCGAAGAGACGAUUUGUCCCUUCAAAGUGGGAGCAUAAGAAGGUGAUGAAGAUAGUCAAAGCUAUCAGAGAAGGUCGUAUUCUCCCCAAUAAACCCUCAGCCACCAAGCCCUCUGUCUAUGCUAUCUGGUCCGAUGCCGAUGUUCACACUCCUCACGCCAUGUAUAUGCCAGCUCCACAACUACCCCCUCCCAAAACUGCCGAAUCGUACAACCCACCUGAAGAAUAUGUCCCUACUGAAGAGGAAAGAGCGGAAUGGGAAGCUACAGACAAAGAAGAUCGAAAAACUGAUUUCCUCCCUGCCAAAUACAGCGCUCUCCGACUCGUUCCUGCGUAUAAGAAUUUGGUACAAGAGAAAUUCGAGCGUGCUUUGGAUCUUUACCUCGCACCACGUACUCGGAAGGUCAAACUGAAUAUCGACCCUGAAAGUCUUGUACCUAAGCUACCUUCUCCACGAGAGCUCAGACCUUUCCCUGUGGCUGCCACAGUCCAAUACCGUCAUCCGGGUGAUACACGCGUGAGAGGGGUGUCCAUCUCUCCUGGAGGCGAAUGGGUAGCUUCCGGCUCUGAAGAUGGUGUGGUGAGAAUCUGGGAUCUGGGGAAUGGUAGAGAAGUUUGGAAAUGGGAUUUAAAAUCUGGAGCUAUUCAUAGUGUGGAGUGGUCACCGAAUAAAGAAGAGGCAAUGCUUGUGGCCUUAGUGAGUGGAAAGGUGGCGGUUCUGGCACCUCUGGCUUUGGUGGAUCCGAAAGUCGCGGGGAGGACUGUGGAGCAUGCCAACGCGGCUUUUGCGAUCAGUGCAGCGACGACAGAUAUGGGUUCUGGAAAAGAGGUCAAAGGGACUGAGGCUAUUAAAUGGUCAAGACCGAAUGAGACGGAGCGAGAACGAGGAGUUUUGGUGUAUAUUCAAGUUCCAGGAACGCCAAAGAAGGUGGCGUGGCAUAGGAAAGGAGAUUACUUUUCAACCGUCGCUAUGGAUGCCUCCAAUAAAUCAGUCCUCAUCCAUCAGCUCUCUAAGCACGCCACUCAAUCACCCUUCCGCAAAACUCAAGGGACGGUACAAACGGUGGCUUUCCAUCCGCUCAAACCGUGGUUCUUCGCCGCUACACAGCGUUACGUACGACUAUACGAUCUCGCAGGACAGAAAUUAGUCAAGACGUUGCAGAGUGGAAUGAGAUGGAUUUCUUCGAUGGACGUUCAUCCAGGUGGAGACAACGUCAUCCUGGGGAGUUACGAUAAGAAACUCGCUUGGUUCGAUAUGGAUCUGGGUGAUAAGCCUUACAGGACAUUACGGUAUCACACCCGAGCCCUCCGUUCAGUCGCUUUCCAUCCCACACUCCCACUCUUCGCAUCUUCUUCAGAUGACGGCACCAUCCACAUUUUCCAUUGCACAGUCUAUUCCGAUCUGACCCAAAAUCCUCUCAUCGUACCUCUCAAAAUCCUCCGCGGACAUCGUACACAAGAUGGUCUUGGGGUGCUUGAUAUCCGAUGGCAUUCAGAGAAACCAUGGCUCGUUUCCAGUGGAGCAGAUGGGGAAGUACGUUUGUGGUGUUCAUGAUACUUCUUCUGAUCACAUGGUAGGUAAUCUGGUCUACGUCAUCACUAUGCAUCACCUCGCAUU